GGUCUGACAACUAGGGAUGCCGACGAUAGUUGGCAAGCGGACUCUGACGCUGAUGCAGAUGAGAGAGAGAGAUAACAACAUCCAAAAGAAAAUCACGAAGAAAUAACAUGUAGCCAAAUCAGCUUUGUCUUAACACCUACGCACCGCAAUGCACCCGAUUCAUACUUGACCGGUUUGGUUUUAAUGAGUAAUUUGAAAAUAAAUUGUGUAAGUAAUAUUCAAGUGUUAAUUAAAAUGUUUAUCUUUAUGUAUUGUCGUUGCUAAUAGGUCAUACGUUUGUUUUGCAAAUUGGCGUGUAAUAGUGUUGUCGGUCGCUAAAUACCGAUAUAUGUAAUAAGAGAAAGUGUAUUAAGAGUUAAAUACAUACAUAGAAUGAGGAUUGAGGUGCUGCAGGUGUGUAAAUAAAAUAUAAAAACAUUUUAUGACGUCGCUUAUUCGCCAUGACACAACGUCGCCAGUGGACAUUUUACAGAUAUAAAAAGUCCAGCCGACACGACUCGCAUGAACAAGAAAACAGACAAAUAGAAAGAGAGAGAAGACGGAUGGUGACCGUCCUAACAAAAUUGUUUUUUAUUUGCACAUGCGUAAUUAUGUUCUGUGAACUUAUGGGCAUAUCCGUGUAUAACUGUGCUGACAUGCAACAACUUCGUAAAGUUGUAGAUCCAGGAUUGUCAGAAUACUUGAGUAUUGAUACGAAAAUAUACGUACAGCCAGAUAACAUAACCACAAUCCACGAGCCAAAUGACGUGUGUCCAAACUCCACGAAGAAUGAAAGAUAUAAACUUUUUUUACUUAUCUUCGUAUGCUCUUCCACAACGAACUUUAGAAAUAGGAAUGCUAUAAGGAAAACGUGGGCGAAUUACCAAAUAUACUUGAAAGCGUCACAAAUUUUCCACAAAAUAAGAAAUAUGUACAAAAAUUUUAACUAUACUGACGAUCUUACUGCAGAUAACAACACUGACACGUCUGAAAAAGAAAGUAACGUUGAAAACGACAAUUUAUUUAGGCUUAGCAAUUUUGUACUGUUAUUAAAUAGAUUGUCUAAAGGUGUCCAAGAUAAUAGAGUUAAUAAUAAAACUAAAGAAGUAUCUGAUGAAGGAGCCGACUCUAAGGAAUACAAAAGAUCGUUGCGCAAACUUAAAUUUAAUGUUUCGGAAAUCAGAGCGAAUAAAUGGCCACAUCACAAAAAGCCAGAUUUUAAAGUUGUGUUUUUAUUAGGUAUGCCGAGUGGAAGGAAUGCCAUCAGUAUUCAAGAGAAAAUUGAUAAGGAAGUGAAAAAAUAUCGAGAUGUGGUUCAAGAGAGGUUCGUUGAUUCUUAUAAAAACUUGUCUUUGAAGAGUACGAUGAUGCUGAAGUGGUUUGUUAAUAACUGUUACGAAAGCGUUCGCUACAUACUCAAAACUGACGACGAUAUGUACAUUGACGUACCACACGUAGUUUUCAAUCUAAAUACCAGAUCUAAAGUGUUUGAUGAUAGUUUGGUUGAUGGCAACACCGACAAGGAAUAUCUCAUAACCGGAUCGCUUAUCAGCAAGGGCGAGCCGCAAAGGAAUUCUAAGAAGAAAUGGUACAGCCCUUGGAAUGUGUACAGUGAACACUAUUACCCUUUGUACGUAGCUGGUGCUGCGUACGUGUUGUCGGCGCCGGCCGUGCACGCGCUGUACAAAGCCGCGCUCUCUACCCGUUUCUACCAUAUAGAAGAUGUAUUUAUUACUGGUAUUUGUGCGGUACGCUCCCACCCCCGCAUCGUCCCCGAAAAUGACCCGACAUUCACGUACCACUUGCACGACACACAAUGUAUGCCGUUUGCGACUGCGCACAAGAUACCGCCGUCGGAAAUGAUGAAGAUCUCGAUUGAAAUGUUGAAUGAGAGCCUACGAGACUAUUGUGAAAGGAAGCGAUUAACGGCGUAUUUGCCAAGUAAAGACAAAUCCAAAAAUGAACUGACCAAAGUCUCCAGUAACCCUACAAUUAAUAAAACAACUUCUGAAUUAAAUUUAUUAUGAAAGAAAGAAAUGGUUUAUUUG